ACUGAGCCAUCAUGGCCUGUAAACAACAACAGCGUCAAGCUGAAGUAAACUGGAUCUGAGUGUCGGCCUGCUGUCUGGAGCUCGUCUCGAUCCCAACAGACAUAGAAAAGUGGUUUCCAACAAUGAUUCGAAGGUGUGUCUGAUUGAUAUCCUUCAGACGGGACACCAUUCUCUCCAGCGGGUCGUUUUCAAGCCAUGUCCUCACAGCAGCCUAAUAGCUCAGCCUCCAACAGCCCCACCAACAUCUUGGGUUCUCCUUUUUCAGUCAUCAGUCCCUCUCUUAACUCUCCAGUGGUCUCACCCUCUCUGGGCUUCGGACCCAUCAGCAACAGCCAGAUAUCUUCUUCAGCACCCAUAUCAGGGAUGCACUCAAUCAGCAGCUCAGAAGACGUCAAGCCUCCGUUUGGCCUGAGGCCCAUGCCAGCUCACAGCCCUGGAAUAAUGUUGUCUCAGAAACGACUGUGUGUCAUCUGCGGAGACCGCUCCUCUGGCAAGCACUAUGGAGUGUACAGCUGCGAGGGUUGCAAGGGUUUCUUUAAACGAACCGUGCGCAAAGACCUGAGCUACACCUGCAGGGAUAACAAAGAGUGCCUGGUCGACAAACGCCAGCGCAAUCGCUGCCAGUACUGCCGCUACCAGAAGUGCCUGGCCAUGGGUAUGAAGAGGGAAGUGAUCAAACAUGUAAAGUGGAUAAAAGAAGAUGGAAAAGAUGAGGGAUGGAUGAGUAUGACAUCGGUUCAGGAGGAGCGCCAGAGGAACCGAGAGCGCGAAGGAGAGCUGGAGUUCAGCGUCGGAGUGAACGAUGAGAUGCCCGUGGAGAAGAUCCUGGAGGCGGAGACGGCUGUGGAGCAGAAGACUGAGCUUCACUCCGAUGGAGGCUCUGCAGGAAACUCGCCCCACGAUGCUGUUACCAACAUCUGCCAGACUGCAGACAAACAGCUGUUUGCCUUGGUGGAGUGGGCAAAGAGAAUCCCUCAUUUCUCCGAGCUGCCCCUUGAUGAUCAGGUCAUCCUUCUGCGUGCAGGGUGGAAUGAGCUCCUGAUUGCCUCGUUCUCCCAUCGCUCCAUCCCUUUGAAGGACGGAGUUCUUCUGGCUUCUGAGCUGCAGCGUGAAGGCGCACACAGUGCAGGGGUCGGAGCCAUUUUUGACAGAGAGAGUGUGCAGAGUGCAGAAGUCGGCGCCAUAUUUGACAGGGUUCUUACCGAGCUUGUCAAUAAAAUGAGAGAUAUGCAAAUGGACAAAACAGAGCUGGGCUGCCUCCGAGCCAUCGUCCUGUUCAACCCAGAUGCUAAAGGACUCUCCAACACCAGCGAGGUCGAGCUCCUUAGAGAAAAGGUCUAUGCAUCAUUGGAAGCCUACUGCAAACAGAAAUAUCCAGAGCAGCAGGGAAGGUUUGCAAAGCUCCUCCUUCGACUGCCGGCACUGCGAUCCAUUGGCUUGAAGUGCUUGGAGCAUCUCUUCUUCUUCAAGCUGAUCGGUGACACGCCUAUUGACACUUUCCUCAUGGAAAUGCUUGAGGCUCCCCAUCAGUUGUCUUAGAUAGGAAACGCGUACUGUGGUUUAGAUAGCUGAAGUCUGGGAAGCGGGCGUGGGACUGGAGUGGCACUUUAAGUUCUUUGAAGAUUUGUCAGUUUGUCUCACUGCUGUCUGCGUUACACUUCUCUAGUGCGGCACAGAUUUGCUCUUUAGACCAAACCCAAGGCUUGGCAUGAUCUACAAGCUGGUGCUAUAUGUUGAAAUGACUUCAUGAGUAACUAUGGUAAAAAAAAAACAAAAGUAUUUUUAAAAAUGUAAACAUUUACAUAUUUCCCUCACAGGAGCUAUAAUUUGGGUAUACAUUUUUAUAUGAACUUUUUAGACACCUCAGACAUUAAGAUUCAGUUGUUUCUCCAACUGAAGUGAUCCCUAAAGCCUGUUGUUUUUAAAAAAAGAAAAAGAAAAAAGAAGGAAAGCAACCUGAAUUACGAGUAUGCAUUUAAGGAUGUAGUCUUUUUUUUUUUUUUUUUUUUUUUUGGAAUAAAUUUCAAUUCAAGCCAGAUCUAAAAGUUUGUACCAAACAGUCACUGGGUACUGUGUCCCAACAGCUCAGAGUUGACUUGUAUCCACUGCAGAUGAUAAAAUCCCACCAGUAACCCCGAUAGAAGACAAGUCGGUGGUUGAAAACUGUCAAGCCCAACUUGUCUGUGUUGAUUGCGGAUCAGCUUUAUGUGUCUCGUAUAUAGAGUUAGUGUUGUUUACUUCUUUGCCAUUUAAAAAAAAAGAAAAGAAAAAAAAAAUCUAAUCACUUCGUGGUUAAUGAUUAGACUGCACUGCACACUUGCUAUGUACUAUUUCUAAAACAUACUUUUUAACAAACGCGCGCGGCCUCUAAAACGGCCAGGACGUUUGUCUUUUGGUGCUAUUUCAGAGAUAAUUUGACGUUUUAUUGGUGCAGAUGAAACACCAAAACCACAAACCUAAGAAUAUAUGCAAAAACUCAAAAAAAAAUUUUCCUCGUGUUAAUCUUUUGUUUUAAAAUGUAGCAAUAUAAGAUGUAAACUGCAUAAGCUUGUCAGUUAUUCAGGGGUUUUACAAAGUAAAUCAUUUCUGGCGGUGGAAAGGGAAUACUCCAUUUUGUAAUUUAUCUAUACAAUUCUAAGGUACUGUGCAAAAAGUAAUUGUUCAGGGAAAAUGUACAUUGAUAAAUUUGAAUUAUGAUCAGGAAAUACAAAUUAUAUAAUUCUUAAUAUGUGCCCUUGUUUUUUUUUUUUUUAGUUUUCAGCUAGUAUAAAGCAGAACAUGUCUUGGGUUGCACUGGAUUUGCUGAGACUUUUUCAUCUUUUUUUUUUUUUUUUUUUUUGUGCUUUAUUUUUUUUUUUUCUUUUUUGAAUGCUCAGUUGUAUUUCCUACCUUUCCCUCUUCUUUAGGUAGCUGUCUUGUUCAUUGUAACGUCUGCAAUUUAUUAAAAGGCGAACCAUAAUUGCAUUUAGAUCCAUAACACCUGUGGACAUAGGAAUUUUAAAACGAGAUCAAGUGUGAGGUCUGUAUGAUGGUAAACACCAAGAUGAGCUGUGUUGGUGAGCUUGUCUCUGUAUGCUCUUGAACUAAAGUGACUUGAAGCAUGGGUUGCGUGGACUAAAAAAAACAAAAAAAAAAAUAAAGAGGCUUAAGUUUUUUUUUUUUUGUUUGCUUUUUCUUGCCUAGAAGUGAAACAGGUGUUAUGUUUUUUUCCCCCCUCCUCCCUCCUCCUAGAAGAAACUUUUGGGGCAAACCAGCACAAUUAAAAGAUGACGAAAUAGUCAAAA